AAAGUAAGUCAAGUAAAUCUUUCAAGUUUCAGGUCUUUCGUUUGUAAUACCAAAAGUAUAAGAAUAAUUUGGUAUUGAAUAACAACCGGGCGACAAUAUAGCGUUUUCCAGUCUAUCAACAUGAUUUCCCGGUUUCUUUAUUCACUAGCGUCAUUCUGCGGCGAUGACCGAGAACACGAAGGCCUAACCAGACCGGCUAACUGCUCCAACUAGUUGAAAACAAGGCGCGUCAGAGGGAGGACGUUGUUCUCUGUCUGUCUCAAACAACGCGACUUACCUACGCGUAAUUUUGAACGCAAUCUAUUUUCGACAAGUAGCUUCAUUCCAAUACAAAAUUGUUGAUACAAUUAAACUGUAAUUAUCUAGUGAUAAAAUGGUGAUAUUAAUGACUAACUGACUGCAGUGGCAAUAAGUAGAAACUUAUUGUUUUAUUUGAAAAGUGAUUGGGCUGAAUUUCAAGAUGUCUCGCUGGGACUGGUUGGCUUGGUAUGCGCUAUGCUGCGUGUGCGCAAGUGACGCAUUGCGCGUGGGCGUGGGCAUCGCUGACGUCACGGGACCACCGGCUGAAGUUGGCUUCAUGGGUUACGCAAAUUUGGAGCAGUCAGGCCAUGGCAUCCACCUGCGGCAGUUCUCUCGCGCGUUCGUGCUGGAGGACGAGAGCAAUUCCACCCGCUUCGUCUUUGUCUCCGUGGAUGCUGCCAUGAUGGGCAUUGGUGUCAGGCGAGAGGUGCUAAAACGUCUGCAAAAACGCUACGGAGACUUAUACAACGAUGGCAAUGUGAUACUCAGUGGUACUCACACGCAUUCCACUCCGGGAGGAUUCCUACUGGACUUCCUCUUCGACCUGCCAAUAUUGGGAUUCGUCAAGGAGACUUAUAUUGCGUAUAUCACUGGGAUUGUUAAAAGUAUAGUGACAGCACACAAUAACGUGAGGCCGGUCCGCAUGGAAUACGGCGAGGCAGAGUUGCUGGGCGCCAACAUCAACAGAUCCCCGUCCUCAUACCUCCGGAACCCGCCUGAAGAGAGAGAGAAGUACAAAUACGACGUUGACAAGAGACUGGCCCAGAUCCGGUUUAUCACACCCACCAAUCAGAUACUCGGAGUCAUUAACUGGUUCGCGGUCCACCCCACCAGUAUGAACAACACAAAUCGCCUCAUAUCGUCUGACAACGUGGGGUAUGCGGCUAUACUUAUGGAGAAGGAGUUAAAUGGGAACAAUACGUUGCCGGGAAAGGGUCCAAUAGUAUGUGCAUUUGCGUCAACAAACCUGGGCGAUGUGUCUCCGAACACGCGGGGGCCGCGAUGCGAGUUCUCCGGCCAGGAAUGCGAUCAAGAGAAGCUGCUGUGCAAACUGCCCAAAGAGCGCUGCUUCGCUUCGGGCCCUGGGCGGGACAUGUUUGAGAGCACCAAGAUCAUCGCCACCAAGCUCUUCGACACUGCCAUGAGAGUCCUGAGGGAGCCAGGUGAAGACCUUACAGGACCCGUGGGAGUCAUCCACCAGUUUGUGGAAAUGCCAGUACAGGAAGUAUCACCAUAUGAUCCAGUCACAGAAACAUUUAAUGCUAGUACGAAAGUCACCGGUUGCUAUCCCGCUAUGGGCUACAGUUUCGCCGCUGGCACCACAGAUGGCCCCGGUGCGUUUGAUUUCACCCAAGGAACUACUUCUUCAAAUCCUUUAUGGAACGCAGUAAGAGACUUCAUAGCUGAGCCAACUCCUGAGGAUGUCCAGUGUCAUAAGCCGAAGCCAAUUCUACUUGCUACUGGAAGGGCGAAGUUCCCUUACGAAUGGCAACCCAAAAUAGUUUCCUGUACCGUGGCCAAGAUAGGAGGGUUGGUCCUGGCGGCUGUGCCAGGGGAAUUCACCACCAUGUCCGGGAGACGUUUGCGGAAUGUGGUUGCUACGAGUUCCGGCGCCAAGAGAGUCGUGUUAGCCGGACUUUCCAACAUAUACUCGGACUAUAUUGCCACGCCUGAGGAAUAUCAGGCUCAAAGGUACGAAGCAGCAUCUACGAUUUUCGGCCCACAUACAUUGGACAUCUAUCUCAACAAGUAUGUCGAACUCACCAACGCACUCAUACAGGGAUCGAAGUUAGAACCGGGGCCGCAGCCCCCAGACUUCAGUGAGCAGCUUAUCACGUUGGUGCCGCCAGUGCUUUGGGACUCCGCCCCCUGGGGCCACGAGUUUGGUGACUGCGUCAAGCAUCCACAGAAACACUACAGCUACGGAGACGUUGUCACUGCUACUUUUGUAUCGGGUCACCCCCGGAACAGCGUUCGCCACGGGCGAUGGUUCGCAGCUGUGGAGCGUCUGGAAUCAGAACAGGACGAUGCCUGGACCGUCGUGGCCACUGAUGCUGAUUGGGAGACCAAGUAUAUAUGGCUACGUAACUCCAAGAUACUCGGAACCAGUCACGCAGUAAUCGAAUGGGAGGUCCCCGACGGCACGCCUCCUGGGACAUACCGUUUGCACCACUACGGCAACUACAAGUACAUCCUGGGAGGCAUUUACCCCUACCACGGGUUCACUGACUCCUUUGAAGUCACUUAAUCUUAAAUUUGCGAUACAUAAUUUUUUUUAAUUGCCAUUUUAUAAUUAUACGGUACGCCAAAGUUACCCCUAUUUUUUGUAAAUAUAGAAUUAAAAAUAAAUUGUAACAUAUUUUUAAUAUGUAUAUAUAAAUUCCAAUAUUCAAUCUAGGUCAGUGGCUUCCAAAGAUAUUUAAGCGUUAAAUAAGUGCCUAUUAUAUUUGAAACGAUAAAUUUGCCUUGUUAUAAAAUUGUAAGUCAGUGAGAUUUUAUUACCUCUGGAGUCCCCGCUGCAUUAAAAGCUUCGACUUGACUGACAUCCCAUAAUUUGACAUUUUAAUUGAAAUAUUUAACCUACACUUAAAGUAAAUAUCAAAUAAGUAUUUAAUUUCAAAUGCUUUUCAUACAAAUAUAAAAUUGAAAAAAAAAAAUUCAUUGUAUUAUGGACAAGUAGAUCGCCAACGCCAAUGUUUGCUACUAAAUUACGCCGCAUUUGCUAUAUUAGUGAUAAAAAAGAAUAUUAUAAUUUGUCAUAGAUGGUACAUGAGCUGGAUUUGAUCGUAAAAUCACGACGAAGGCUUUGGCCAAUUGAUCGGCCGAUUACGAGGCUGACCUUUGUUUUGAAAACAAGUUACACUAAUUUGUCAUAUCGUUACAUUUAGUGUAGUUACAGAAACGUCAUAUCAAUUAAAAUUAGUAGCGUAUUGUCAAAGAAUUGUAUGGUACGGACAAUAGAAAUUUUAAAUCAUUGUUGUGGUACCUCUAGUCACCGAAUUAUGACCCAUAUGACAAGAAUUUUCUUGAAAUUAGCGUGCGUAUGGGUUUCUAGUUUUAUGGGACAUAAUUGCUGUAUUACAUACUUAGUACUAUUCGAUAAUAUAGAAUAUACCCAAUGCUUUUUUUUGGCCGAAUUAUGGGGCUUCAUCUCUAAGAGGUAGUUUAACAUCUCAUUGCUGUAACAACUUAUUGUAUUGUAUUAUUUUUAGAAUUAGGUGAUAUAAUUAUAUUGUUGUUUUAUUCAGUUCUACAUAAGUCUCGUAAGAAUACUAACGUAAUAAGUUAAGAAGUAUUGAUAUCUUAAUCACAACGUUCUAUAUAAAACAGGAUAGCACGAUUUUAGAACUGGUAACUUAUUUUGGUGGCCGAAGUUGAAGAAGACUUGCAAUGUCGCUUUUUAGCAUCGAAACUGUAAUGUUAAAUUAAAAUAGAUUUAAUUUUCUUUUAGAGUUACGAUUUCUGUUUUGCUUUUUAGUUUGCAAACGUUUGCCAAAUAUAGUCGCUUUCGAAGUCUACUCAAUUCUUUUGCAUUGCAUGUAAUGGAACAUUAUAGUAUUUCAAUAACGAUAUAACCUACUUAUCUACUUAAAAAUGUUAUCGUGGCUUUUUGAUAGAUAAAAAAAAAUAUAGUAUCAGGUAAAGUAAUUAACGAUUAAAUAUGUGAUUUUAUUUUUGCGAGUGUAUGUAGAGUGUGUAUGUAGGGCUGGCAUUCAAUUCUUAGGUGACUAGUUUCUGUUUAUACUUUUUUAAUUUUAUAUUCGUUUCGGCGACCUCCUUGGGGCAAUAGUGAGCGCUAUUCUCGUAAGAGUAGAAGUCCUAGGUGGAUUUAAGAAUUUAUAAUUUCUAAAUUCUCUGCUGUGGUCUGGUGGGAGGUUUUGGGAAAACCAUCGUCAAAAGCGUCAAAGCGAGUUAGGGUUUCGGUGCGAUAUCGCGUAGAAACCGAUUGAGUUUAUGGAUGUUACAUUAAUGCCUAAAAGGUUAACCAGCUUCAUAAUCACCUACUUCCAGGUGAGAUUGCAGUCGAGGGAUUUUAACUUGAGAGAGAAUUACAAAAAAACUUUUUUCACUAGUUAACUGUCGCAGCGGACAGAGCUCGGCUCGGAUAAACUAAUAAAAGUCUGAUUAUAUGACCCAGACCAGGUAGGUCAGACCUGGUCCGGGCAUCCCAGACGGUUUGAAUGGCUGGCGACCGUAAUUUAGUUAAAAGGCCAUGCUUUCAAGGCCUCCAAAUAUGUCAGUGAUUUUAUCUAAACAGAUAUAGAUAAAGUUCCUACCUAAAACGUUUAGUUGUUCCUUGGAGGUGCCGAUAAUUGAGCAUGAAUUAAUUUGUUGUUAUUAGUUUGUAAUCUGAGGCUUGCCAUCUUACUAUCUAUAUGUAAUAAACUUUU